CUGGCCAGUUUUUGUCACCUCUGACAACUAUAAAGACACACGCUUGGGCUGCUCUCAAUAUCCUUCGACAUCGUGGCCAUACUUGACUUUUGAGCAGUUGUGCCACGUAAAAGACAUCUUUUGAAUCCUAGCUGUCAUGUAAGUCAUCAUCAUCAUCAUGUCCCUUAGUCCUCGGACCUUUCUUUGGGGCGCGACAGAUGAAAUGAAAUUUAACCCCCUCUCCCAUUUUUUUCUGUUUUCUGCGUUUCGCACAGCAUCGCCUAGCAUUUCGUCGUCCAUUCUUUGAUGUUAUCUUCCUAUUUUUGUCUCUGUUUUUCUUUUCUUCCCCCCCCCUCUCGUUGUGCCCUGCAGGAUUUCUUUGGCGCGCCCUUGUUUUCUUGUCACGUUGCCAUACCAUUCCUGUUAGCGUUUUUUACAAUUCCCAGGAGGUCAACAUACUGCCCAAUUGCGUAACGAAUUUUUUCUUUGUCUUGUUUGCAAGAGAUAUUGUCUCCAUAGCAGAUUCCAGGAAUGUUUCAAAAACAUCUCCAUCACCGUUAUUUAUCUUUCAAGUUCUGCUGUUAAUGUCUAGGACUCGCAUGCAUGCUAGAAAAUGGAGAGGGCUAAUGAGCGCAAAUGCCUGGUUUUGGUGCCGGAAGCUCUAUUUUUGUCAUGCCAUAUUUUCUUAAGACUUUUUAGUCCUGUUGUGGUUUGGGCCAUCCUGGACAUCAAUUCGGGCUUGGAGGCUUCUUCCGAUACUAUUGCUCAUAAGUACUUGAAGCUUCCUACUGUCUCUAGUCUCUAGUCCUUCCUCCCCGAUCUAAAUUUCAGUGGUGAUCCCGGUGGUUUUGUCCGUCAUGAAUGAAUGUCUUUUCUGCACUGAUUUGCAUGCCAAAGGACGAUGACGUCUUGUCGAGACGCUUUGCUAAGUUGGCCCAGCCCCUCAAGCAAGUUCAUCUAUGCCAUCCGCAAAACGUAGGUUGGUUAAUGCUCUGUCACCAAUGCUGAAUGUUCUGUCACCAAUGCUGAAUGCUCUGUCACCAAUGCUGAAUGUUCUGUCACCAAUGCUGAAUGUCCCUACAGACCCUUUCCAGUGCAUGCGACAUAAUUCCCUCUAAGAAGAUGUUCAAGAGAGUUGGGGAGAGCAAGGAGCCUUGUCGUACUCCAACCGUGGUCUUGAACCAUUCUCCGAUAUUAUUGUUAAAAAAUAACUACAUAGACAAAUGACUAAACGGAUUUAAAAAAAUCACGUGCAACUGUUCGCACGGAAAAAAGACCACAUGGACACUUGGAAACACACGGGAAAAAAGAUGACAAGGACAAGUGAUCACACAGAGAAGUGACCUCACGGACAAAUGAUGACAUUGACUACUUACCAGAGAGGCAAAGGAACAAAACGACAAAUAACAAAACGGACAAGUGAUCAUACGGAAAAAAGACCACACGGUCACAUGAAAUCACGGAAAAAUUGAUCACAUGGACAAGUGACCACAUGGAAAAGUGACCGUACAGACAUGUGACCAAACAGACAAGUGACCAAACAGACAAGUGACCAAACAGACAAGUGACCUAGAGACCGACCGAAAGUGAUUUUCUGAUUUUGGCCGAAACCGAAACUAGGCCGGAAGUUAAAAAAUUACUUCUCCAUUCAUCACGGACCUAUGCCUUCCUUUCCAGUUUUUUUUCCAGGUGUAAUCAAUAUUUUGCGUGUCUGCCUCUAUCUCGCGUCUCCAUGUAUUCUUUGGCCUUCCUCGCUUUUUUCUCCCCGGUGAAUUCCAUGUUAGGAAAUGUUUGGUUGUGCUAUCUCGGGGUUUUCGGAGAGUAUACCAUAUCCAUCUCUAUCUUUUAUUUAAGAUGUCUUCGUCAAUCUGCGCCUGAUGAGUCCUUUCUAGUAGAUCUUUGUUGGUGAUACUAUUUUCCCAUUUGAUUUUUCAGGAUCUUCUUAAGGCAAAGUGUUGAUGAAGGUCUGUACUUUCUGCGUAAUGCUCGCCGUUGUUUUCAAAAUUUCUGUUCCAUAUAGUAGGACUGUCUUUGAAAAAAGGGUUUGUGCACAAAUACCUUUACUACUAUAAAAAGUCAAAAUUCAUUCUACCUACAAAGCUUCUUCCGUUGCGUCGAUGAUUCAGAUAUUUGUCCUGCUCCUGCCUAAUGCUUGAAAUUUUUUAGCAUUUAAAGCCUUCAUGGAGACGGAUGGGUUGGUUGUUUCUGUACUAAGUGAUCCCAAACGGCUCAUGGACUUGGCUUUUCUUUUUGAAAUUACAUAGGAGCUGUAAGUACCCAGCAAAAAGUUACAAAACCAGGGGUAGCUUGUCAGUGUUGCUCAUGACAAUGUCAGGGCAUCCUGCACAAAACUUGUGCAGGGGUAGCUUGUCAGUGUUGCUCAUGACCAUGUCAGGGCAUUCUGCACAAGACUUGUGUUAUGGUUCUUAGAAAAAACCUCUGCCAUUUCCCAACAUGCAGUGCACUCAUGGACUGGGGCACACCAUUUAGUAGUAACUUAGUAGUAAGUAUACUGAAUUUGAUCACAUUUUUAAAGAUUUCAAAACACAGACAACAGUUUUCAGCAUUUUGCUGACCCUUUCUCUUAUAAUGUGCAAGAGUCCUCGCGCAGGGAGGAGAAUGGAAAGAAAAGACAAGAAUGGACAUUUUAUCGCACUGCCCUCUACUUUCCCUGAGACUUCCAGGUUGCUUAGGCGGAUCAUAUGACUUUUACGGAGUACCUAUCUGCGUGAAAAGCAUAUUUUCCACUAUGCACUUUAACAAGUCAAAGUUCAGGGCCCUACUUACUGAUGAGCAUCUUCGAGCAAUACUGAGGGUCUCAGUUGCUUCGUCACUCAAGAAAAAAGUUGCUCAGCUGUGUAAAAAUAAGCGCUGCCAGUCUCUGGCAGCAGUGAGUAGGAGGAAGAAAGUGGAGCCUAGUCCCUGAGAACCCUUCAGGUUUUUGUUAUUCAUAAAGGUUGAGCAGAUUGUAACAGUUUUACUUGAAUGAAUAUUUAAUCGCUUUUUGCGUGGAAUACUUGGUACGACCAAGUCUCACUCAGACACUACCUCCAACGGCCCACGGAUGAUUUGAGUUUGAGAGCCCUGAUCUAAUGAAUUCUUUGGUUUUUACCAUUUUAAUUUAAACUUAAUUUAACUUUAAAAAAAAAUGUUUUUAAAUUAGUAUGGUAGGAGAAUAUUUGGAGAAAAAAAAAGGGGGGGGGGGUGGAAUUAAUGAAAAAUAGAACCUUGAGUGACCUUGGCUUUUAUAAUAAAAUUGCAACCUAAAAAAUGAAUUCUUUGGUUUUUACCAUUUUAAUUUAAACUUAAUUUAAAUUUAAAAAAAAAUGUUUUUAAAUUAGUAUGGUAGGAGAAAAGUUGGAGAAAAAAAAAGGGGGGGGGGUGGAAUUAAUGCACAAUAGAACCUUGAGUGCCCUUUGCUUUUAUAAUAAAAUUGCAACCUAGAAACUAUACGUACAAUUAUUAGUGUGGCUCUAAUAGAGCCAAUUGCCACCUAAAUAUAUGUUAUUAAAGCUAUAAAAAUAUCACCAGAAUGUUUCGCUGUUUUCGUCAUACUUAUGCUUUCUGUUUUCAUAAAUAGCUGACAAGAUAAUCAAUGUAUUAAUAUUUAGCCUAGUAACAAACAACACACUAGGUUUUCUGCGCUGGUGACGUAAUGAUUUAUUUCGGCACACAACCUCACUUCCCUCACCCGGUUGGGGGAAUUUUUUUGAACCUGGUCUCUUAAAAUUGUUGUUCUGACGGGGAUCGCAAAAGACUUAUAAAUUUACGCAAAAUCAUAUAAGUAAACAAGUCUUCAGUAGCCUUACUACAUAAGUAUAAUACACACCCUUGAUACAUGCAGACCCUUGUUAUUUUGUCAAUGACAAUGUUUAUGGACGUGAUAAUGAUGAAUUUCAAGAAAUAAAUGGUUUGAAAAGGCCUAAGUUUGCUUUACAAAAAUAAUAAUUGAAACUUUAACAUUCCCUAGGAUUAGGCAAUAUUAUUCAACUUUGCCCAUGAAAACGGUGAUGAGCAUGAUAAUUAUAAAAAAUUAUGAUAAAUAUCACAAAUGAAGGAAUUGAAUAAACCUAGGGUCCAAAUGUUAUUUUUCAACAAAAAAAAAAAAAAAAAAAUGACAAAAAUAUUACCAUUGCCUUAACUUUUCUUCCACAAACAAAACUGUUGACAUUUGUCUAGGCCUAAUUGAAAUGUAAUUUUAUCGAAAUAUAGGACAAGUAGCUCAUCAUGCAGCUGUGGGCAGCUUUCCCUGAGUAUUAGUCAUAUAACAUACAAUGACCGCAAGACAUCGAUCACUAAUGAAUAUCAGAUUGUCAGCUUAGAGACAUACAGUCUGACUUCUGACAGAUGACCGAAAACCUCAGUCACUUUCGGCCGGUUGGCCGAUAGUCUCAGUCAACUUCGGCCGAAAUCGAAAAUAAAGCGAAAGAUAACUUUUCAGUUUCGGCAAAAACCGAAACUAGGCCGAAAGUGAUCAAAUGGCCACUUUCGGUGCCGUAACCGAAGCCGAAAUUCGUUCGGUCUCUACAGUCUCUGCGUUAUAUGCAUGUGUUUAUGGAACUUACAGCCUGUGUAUAUAAUGAGAUAUUAAAGUUCUGAUUAUUGUGAUAGUAGACUUGAGUUGAUUCAAUUAGUACGGCGUAUUACAACGUGUGGAAGACUUGAUGGAUUAACCAAUCUUGUAGAGACGUGGAGUUGACCAACGCCGUGAAAUGACCACACGNAAAAAAUAAAAAAAAAAAACAAAAAAAAAAGAAAUAAAAAAACCAAAGGUCCAAAAUUUAUUUUUCAAAAAAAAAAAAAAAAAAAAAAAAAUGACAAAAAUAUUACCAUUGCCUUAACUUUUCUUCCACAAACAAAACUGUUGACAUUUGUCUAGGCCUAAUUGAAAUGUAAUUUUAUCGAAAUAUAGGACAAGUAGCUCAUCAUGCAGCUGUGGGCAGCUUUCCCUGAGUAUUAGUCAUAUAACAUACAAUGACCGCAAGACAUCGAUCACUAAUGAAUAUCAGAUUGUCAGCUUAGAGACAUACAGUCUGACUUCUGACAGAUGACCGAAAACCUCAGUCACUUUCGGCCGGUUGGCCGAUAGUCUCAGUCAACUUCGGCCGAAAUCGAAAAUAAAGCGAAAGAUAACUUUUCAGUUUCGGCAAAAACCGAAACUAGGCCGAAAGUGAUCAAAUGGCCACUUUCGGUGCCGUAACCGAAGCCGAAAUUCGUUCGGUCUCUACAGUCUCUGCGUUAUAUGCAUGUGUUUAUGGAACUUACAGCCUGUGUAUAUAAUGAGAUAUUAAAGUUCUGAUUAUUGUGAUAGUAGACUUGAGUUGAUUCAAUUAGUACGGCGUAUUACAACGUGUGGAAGACUUGAUGGAUUAACCAAUCUUGUAGAGACGUGGAGUUGACCAACGCCGUGAAAUGACCACACGCACAGAGAGCCACGUGGAUAAAUUACCAUAUGCCUACAAUCCCUCACAGAUAACUGAUAUCAUAGACAACUGAACUCAUAGGCAGUUGAAUUCAUAGAAAUCUCAUCUCAUAGAUAUAUGACCACAUAGAGAAUGGAAUUCAUAGACACACGAACUCGUAGACAUCUGAACGAACGCACAAUUGAGAAAAGAAUGUGAAAGUAGAAUUUAACAUGCAUUUACUAGCACAACCCCACACAGACAAACACAGUGGUACAUCAUCAACCCAAAACACACUAACACAGUGGUACAGCAACAACCAAACACAGACUAACACAGAAAGAACUAAAUGACUUUUUCGUGAUAUGGACUUAUCUUAGAACAUGGGAUAAUUUCUAGGAUGAAGACUCCGCAAAUGGACUAUUCUAGCAGAAGCUUUUUAAAUUACUCUAUAUUGAAAGCAUCAAAGCGGUCGAAGCCUUUAUUCCGUAAUUUGGUAUUCUGUACCAAUAGCGAGAAGCUUAGACAUCCCUCAUGACCCACACACAUUGGAGACUAUUUGUAGAAUCUUCGAAUCUGUGCUUUAAGGCUGUAUGUUUUGCACAAUGGGAACCGUCUUCCACCUGUUCCAUUAGAAGCAGAUGAAGCUAUCCACAGGAACCCUAACCCGUCUUCCAUCUGUUCCAUUAGAAGUAGAUGAAGCUAUCCACAGGAACCCUAAACCGUCUUCCAUCUGUUCCAUUAGAAGUAGAUGAAGCUAUCCACAGGAACCCUAAACCGUGUUCCAUCUGUUCCAUUAGAAGUAGAUGAAGCUAUCCACAGGAACCCUAAACCGUCUUCCAUCUGUUCCAUUAGAAGUAGAUGAAGCUAUCCACAUGAACCCUAACCCGUCUUCCAUCUUUUCCAUUAGAAGUAGAUGAAGCUAUCCACAUGAACCCUAACCCGUCUUCCAUCUGUUCCAUUAGAAGUAGAUGAAGCUAUCCACAUGAACCCUAACCCGUCUUCCAUCUGUUCCAUUAGAAGCAGAUGAAGCUAUCCACAUGAACCCUAACCCAUCUUCCAUCUGUUCCAUUAGAAGUAGAUGAAGCUAUCCACAUGAACCCUAACCCGUCUUCCAUCUGUUCCAUUAGAAGUAGAUGAAGCUAUCCACAUGAACCCUAACCCGUCUUCCAUCUGUUCCAUUAGAAGUAGAUGAAGCUAUCCACAUGAACCCUAACCCGUCUUCCAUCUGUUCCAUUAGAAGUAGAUGAAGCUAUCCACAUGAACCCUAACCCGUCUUCCAUCUGUUCCAUUAGAAGUAGAUGAAGCUAUCCACAUGAACCCUAACCCGUCUUCCAUCUGUUCCAUUAGAAGUAGAUGAAGCUAUCCACAUGAACCCUAACCCGUCUUCCAUCUGUUCCAUUAGAAGUAGAUGAAGCUAUCCACAUGAACCCUAACCCGUCUUCCAUCUGUUCCAUUAGAAGUAGAUGAAGCUAUCCACAUGAACCCUAACCCGUCUUCCAUCUGUUCCAUUAGAAGUAGAUGAAGCUAUCCACAUGAACCCUAACCCGUCUUCCAUCUGUUCCAUUAGAAGUAGAUGAAGCUAUCCACAUGAACCCUAACCCGUCUUCCAUCUGUUCCAUUAGAAGUAGAUGAAGCUAUCCACAUGAACCCUAACCCGUCUUCCAUCUGUUCCAUUAGAAGUAGAUGAAGCUAUCCACAUGAACCCUAACCCGUCUUCCAUCUGUUCCAUUAGAAGUAGAUGAAGCUAUCCACAUGAACCCUAACCCGUCUUCCAUCUGUUCCAUUAGAAGUAGAUGAAGCUAUCCACAUGAACCCUAACCCGUCUUCCAUCUGUUCCAUUAGAAGUAGAUGAAGCUAUCCACAUGAACCCUAACCCGUCUUCCAUCUGUUCCAUUAGAAGUAGAUGAAGCUAUCCACAUGAACCCUAACCCGUCUUCCAUCUGUUCCAUUAGAAGUAGAUGAAGCUAUCCACAUGAACCCUAACCCGUCUUCCAUCUGUUCCAUUAGAAGUAGAUGAAGCUAUCCACAUGAACCCUAAACCGUCUUCCAUCUGUUCCAUUAGAAGUAGAUGAAGCUAUCCACAUGAACCCUAACCCGUCUUCCAUCUGUUCCAUUAGAAGUAGAUGAAGCUAUCCACAUGAACCCUAACCCGUCUUUCAUCUGUUCCAUUAGAAGUAGAUGAAGCUAUCCACAGGAACCCUAACCCGUCUUCCAUCUGUUCCAUUAGAAGUAGAUGAAGCUAUCCACAUGAACCCUAACCCGUCUUCCCUCUGUUCCAUUAGAAGUAGAUGAAGCUAUCCACAUGAACCCUAACCCGUCUUCCAUCUGUUCCAUUAGAAGUAGAUGAAGCUAUCCACAUGAACCCUAACCCGUCUUCCAUCUGUUCCAUUAGAUCAUCUACUUCGAUAGGUGUCCUUGGUAACCCGUCUUCCAUCUGUUCCAUUAGAAAUAGAUGAAGCUAUCCACAUGAGCCCUAACCCGUCUUCCAUCUGUUCCAUUAGAAGUAGAUGAAGCUAUCCAAAUGAACCCUAACUCGUCUUCCAUCUGUUCCAUUAGAAGUAGAUGAAGCUAUCCACAGGAACCCUAAACCGUGUUCCAUCUGUUCCAUUAGAAGUAGAUGAAGCUAUCCACAUGAACCCUAACCAGUCUUCCAUCUGUUCAAUUAGAAGUAGAUGAAGCUAUCCACAGGAACCCUAACCCGUCUUCCAUCUGUUCCAUUAGAAGUAGAUGAAGCUAUCCACAUGAACCCUAACCCGUCUUCCAUCUGUUCCAUUAGAAGCAGAUGAAGCUAUCCACAGGAACCCUAACCCGUCUUCCAUCUGUUCCAUUAGAAGUAGAUGAAGCUAUCCACAGGAACCCUAACCCGUCUUCCAUCUGUUCCAUUAGAAGUAGAUGAAGCUAUCCACAUGAACCCUAACCCGUCUUCCAUCUGUUCCAUUAGAAGUAGAUGAAGCUAUCCACAUGAACCCUAACCCGUCUUCCAUCUGUUCCAUUAGAAGUAGAUGAAGCUAUCCACAUGAACCCUAACCCGUCUUCCAUCUGUUCCAUUAGAAGUAGAUGAAGCUAUCCACAUGAACCCUAACCCGUCUUCCAUCUGUUCCAUUAGAAGUAGAUGAAGCUAUCCACAUGAACCCUAACCCGUCUUCCAUCUGUUCCAUUAGAAGUAGAUGAAGCUAUCCACAUGAACCCUAACCCGUCUUCCAUCUGUUCCAUUAGAAGUAGAUGAAGCUAUCCACAUGAACCCUAACCCGUCUUCCAUCUGUUCCAUUAGAAGUAGAUGAAGCUAUCCACAUGAACCCUAACCCGUCUUCCAUCUGUUCCAUUAGAAGUAGAUGAAGCUAUCCACAUGAACCCUAACCCGUCUUCCAUCUGUUCCAUUAGAAGUAGAUGAAGCUAUCCACAUGAACCCUAACCCGUCUUCCAUCUGUUCCAUUAGAAGUAGAUGAAGCUAUCCACAUGAACCCUAACCCGUCUUCCAUCUGUUCCAUUAGAAGUAGAUGAAGCUAUCCACAUGAACCCUAACCCGUCUUCCAUCUGUUCCAUUAGAAGUAGAUGAAGCUAUCCACAUGAACCCUAACCCGUCUUCCAUCUGUUCCAUUAGAAGUAGAUGAAGCUAUCCACAUGAACCCUAACCCGUCUUCCAUCUGUUCCAUUAGAAGCAGAUGAAGCUACCCACAUGAACCCUAACCCGUCUUCCAGAUGUUCCAUUAGAAGCAGAUGAAGCUAUCCACAUGAACCCUAACCGUCUUCCAUCUGUUCCAUUAGAAGCAGAUGAAGCUAUCCACAGGAACGAGACAUGUGAUAACUUAAAGCAGCUACUGAAAUCCGCUACAAACUUGGUUUGCUGGAGAUCUUCGUGAAAGCCAUAGACUUGAAGUCGCCAGCUUACCGAUGCCUGCACGAAAAAUUCCAUUGAUUUGGGAAUGUAAAGAUUCAAAGGGGGUGUUACUGUCACUGCCAGGGAAAGCCAUUCCAUAUUUAGUCUGCGCGUGUAUCAAAAUUUUACAUUUACCAAAGUGGAAGUAUGGGAAAUACCAUCGUCCUAUUGACUAUAGACUCUAUGGUUAUAGUGGUAGUAUACUAUAUGCCUUCGUACUAAAGACUAUAAUGUAUAGUUUAUAGUGUUAUUAUAGUAAAGGCUAUCGUACUAUAUACUAUAGAAUCUAUAUUUAUAGUGUUGUUAUAAUCGUAGCUGGGGCUUUGUUAGACAAGUCUGUGGUGGCUUGCCGACCAAAGAGACGACUCCAACGAACCACGGAACUACCAGUGCUACUAGCAGCUCUCAACAUGCUGCCGCUGAGACAUAAGGUUGUUAGCAGCAGGCUCAGUCUAACGAUUCUAUAUAGGCAGCCAUAAGAUGAGGCUUUCUCGGGGAAGUUAUUGCGUUCCAACGUUUUUGGUGAACGUCGUGCGCGCUAGAAACCCACGGCAGUGAAUCCCUUUUAGUUGGCUCCCGGCGCUUGCCCUGGAUGGGCAAGGGGAUAUAUUAGAACGCACAUAUGCCAUGUGGAGCCAUGGGGAAAGUCUUCUGGUGAUGCUGAAAGAGCAACAUCCCCGGCGGACCGAAUAUCAUUAGGUUGAGAUGGCCCAUAGGUUGAGAUGGCCCAUAGGUCCCAUAGGUUGAGAUGGCUCGUGUAAACAGAGUCAGUCGAGGGAAUUUACGGGCAUGGGCUGUCCCGGCCAGAGGACAUCUCCAACGUUCCGCUUCGUGGCCGAUAAUUAGGGGCUAUUAGAGCCUGAGGGGGGGGUGUGGUGGAUUGCCUUGGGAGGGGCAUUAAGAGCUUUGAGCUUGAAGGAUAGCUGACGUCAUUUUCUAAUGUAUAUAAUAAUGUACAAGGUACAUAAGCCGUCGGAAUCAAAAUGCCAACAAAAUUUCUCCAAUUUCCUGGCAAAUUUCUUUACUGAGAAUACUUGAACAUAUUAUAACAUGGAAAUUCCUUAAAAGCAUAUUGUUUAAUUUCCAGGAAAAAUUUGCACUUCCUCUGGGUUUUUCUGAUAUCCCUGUUGCCCUUGACUUUGGCGCAGUCAGAAGCACUCCGUUCUCUCCCACACUAUGUGUUGGCCCUGGCUACGUUUAACAAAAUCGACACGAAUCGCGACAACAUCAUUGACCGUAUUGAGAGCCUUGCAUAUUAUGAAGUAAGUCACAUAUUCUGCUUGUUACCAUAUACAGUGCAAUAAAUGUGUUUAAAUCUGGGAAAUCCAAAAAAAAAAAAAAUAGUGCUAGAAGUAGUAAUAAGUUGUCUGGAAAAAAAAUAUGUAUAUACCUUCUUCUUCUAAGGCCCCACGAUCAAUUUAUUGAUCAUUUUGGCUCCUAUGCAUGUAGAGGGGAUUUGCAAUGUUACAUAUAAGUAUUUAGUCUUGUCAAUUUAAAAUAAAUAGAUAAUUAAAAAUACGUAUAUAUGAAAUCAAAGGGGUCUAAGAUUUGGCUUAUAAUUUCAAGUGGCCACUUUUUUUUUAUACUUAUAAUCCAACGGUGUAAGCCUGUAACAAGAUUAGUCUUAAAUAUACGGAACAUCAUAUAUAUGGAGAAUGGAGAAAUUUUACUGGGCCCACUAACUGUAUUCGGCUAAAGGCACCAGUUAUUUAUUUUUUAAAUGUUUAUAAAAAGGACUAUUGGGCAUCGCUUUAAAAAAAUAUAUUUUUGUUUUAUUUUUGUUUUGAAUUUCUCGAGGGUGGUGGCAGUACCCCCAUCCCCCGGAGUGGUGCACCCCUAAGAAACAAUGAUUUUAAUGAAUUAUCGCGUUGGGUUCCUAGAAAGUUUCAAUACAGAGAAUCUUAGGGGUUCUAAACUUUUUUGUGCAGAGGGCCGCAUUCAAAUUAAAAUAUAUUGUACUUAUUUUGUAAAAAAAAAAUUCUAGGACUCUAGUAUUAUACACAAUACACUUUGUACGAUUUUUCAAAGAAGUACAAAUAAAUAUAGUGGGAUGAAAUUUAAAGUACAUUUCUGUAAACCAGGAUCAAUACUAGUCAGAAGUCGAGUUAGAGAUAUUUAAUGAGCUUCUUGCAUUCGCCAAUAGUUUACCAUUUUCCGGUAUCGGAAACUCGAUAUCGUUAAUAUAAGGAAUAUUUGAGAUUGGCUUCUUUUUUUUUUUUACUUAUUGUGAGCUGAAAAUAGAGCCGGAAAUAUCCAUUUUAAAAUAAUAGUAAUAAAAAGUGAAAUUAAAUUUUGUAAGAAUCGUGUUAAUCUGAGAACGCAUAUGCUAUAACUAUUUUAAAAUUUCAAUCUGAUUCACUGGACUAAAUGAUGUUGACUUAUUCCUAUAUUUUAAUAUAUAAAAAGGGGAUCAGCAUGUAAUAUAUAACAGUUGCCUGAAAGUCAUUUUUUUUAAAAUGACAUCCGUUUAAAAAAUAAAUAAAUUUCAACUUCUUAUUGGAUGAAAGUUUAUCAUUAUAAAGUCAAGACCAUUGUUCAGAUACUUUAAAAAACAAACAAACAAACAAAAAACACUUUAUUUUUCAGAGUUUGAAACAAGACCCAAGCGACAAAGAAAUCAAAAGGGAUUAUUUCAUAAAACUCGUAACUAAGGGUUAUGGGUUUACCUCUACUGUGGCAAAUUCAGUGUAUGAUGAGUUUGACGAAGAUGACAACGGUGUUGUAAAUGAGGAAGACAACAAACUCAUGUACAGAGCUUUCGACACGGAUGGGAACGAGCUAGUCACCAUUGAUGAAUUUAUAAUGUGAGCCAAUAGAAACUUCCUUUUAAACUAGUUUUAAUUAAAAUAGCAAAGAUGCGACUAGAGCCUGCGCUGUUUGUAGCAUGGUAUAUAAACUAUGUUUUAUGUGUCAGGAAAAAAACAACCUGUAAAACCUUUAUAAAUUUUUGUCCACGGUAACAUUCGACCAAACAUUUCCAUAGCUGAGGAUUGAAACAUGAGUUACAAAAUGGGUUCAAAUACGGCAUUGCUCGCGAUGAGUGGCUCAACGUGAAGGGUCCUAGCAUCUUUAGAAAUACAGCAAUGUCAAGAAUAGGCUACGUGUCCUUAGGAGUAGAUCAACUUGAAGAUUGUAACAACUUUAGAGAUAAAGCGAUGUCAAGAAAUCUGUCGAUUGCUGGAGAGCUGGUGUCGCUAUUUCCAUAGUGGUAUCAUGCGAUCAAUUAAUGUGAACUUCAUCUACAUUCACUUGGUUGAUUUGAUCGUCCAGUUACUUAGUUUGGACAUGCAAAUUAAUUGAUGCAAUCUAAGGUACUUAAUCAAAUCGAUGCACAUUAUUGUUAAUACCUUAGCCAAACUAAGGACAAUUAUUGCAAAUAAGUAAGCCAAGCAUUGCACUGUAUUGAAAAAUCAUAAGGUGAAAAAUAAUCCUUACUGAAACUGCUUACGCCAAUCAAUGCACAUUGUCUUACACAACCUUUCAGGUUAACGAAACACUCAAAAAUUUAAUGACUUUUGAAAUUCCGUUUCAGAGCUGAUAACGAUAUGCUCAUUGCUGCCGGCGUUCCAGUACUGUUCGGAAAAUGAACAGUUCUGCUUUACGUCAUCCCGAAGGACAAGAGAAAACUAUAACACAGAUGAAAAUCUAAUGAAAUUUAUUCGAUUGAACUGAAAAUGUAAAAGGAACAAUACAACUAAUGAUAGCAAAUAAAAUAAUCAUCUUACAGUGUUGUCUGUUUGAAAUAUCAUUGAAAACUGAUUGGAACAUGUUCUAACCAUUGAUCAGCUG